GGGACCGAGAGGCGGCCCGAGCGGCAGCGGAGGCCGCGGCGGCGGGGCCGGCGCUGAGGGCGCUCCGGCGCGGCCGCUUUAAGGGCGGGCGGGCGGCGGGAGGGCGGCCCGGCCCGGCCCCGGCGCAGCGGCGGCGGCGGCAGCAGGAAUUGUCAUCCAUCACUAUGAAAAACAACAUCCAGUGAGUUAGUUUCAAGCUUUGUGCCUCAUCACUUUCUUUAGAUAAGCUGUGCUCCGAGCUCUCCUGAGGAAAUCUGGUGUCCUUGGGCAAGCAUGGCCUUGCGUGGCUGGAAGUGGCUCCUCCUCUUGGGCAGGCAGAACACCCUUGCCAAGGUGUGGAGAAGCAGGAGGGGUGUCCCCUCUCUGUGCUGGCAUCGCUGCUGCCACUGGAGCCCAGGCAAGUCUCUGGACCCCGAGGUGAGAGCGUUUUUGGAGGAGAACACCGAGGUCACCAACCGCGGGCAUCUCACGCCAGAGAUCCGGCUGCGCCUCCUCACCCCCCGCUGCAGGUUCUGGAGAGAAAAACCUGACCUGUGGCCUUAUGGGGACCCAUUCUGGGCCAUUUACUGGCCAGGAGGCCAAGCCCUCUCCAGGUAUAUUUUAGAUAAUCCACAUGUGGUUAAAGGUCGAUCAGUUCUGGAUCUUGGAAGUGGAUGUGGAGCAACAGCAAUAGCUGCUGUGAUGAGUGGUGCAUCCCAAGUCCUUGCCAAUGACAUUGACCCUAUUGCAGGAAUGGCAAUGAUCUUGAACUGUGAACUGAACCACCUGAAUCCCUUCCCCAUCACUAUUAAGAACAUCAUUAAUUCAGAGGCUGGCAACUGGGACCUCAUAGUUCUAGGAGAUAUGUUUUAUGAUGAACAACUUGCUGAUGGUCUGCAUCACUGGCUGCAGAAGUGCAUCAGGAUUCACCAGACUGAAGUGCUGAUUGGUGACCCUGGCAGGCAUCAGUUUUUAAGCCACAGCAUUCGCAGUCAGCUGCACAAAGUUAUAGAAUAUUCACUGCCUGAGUCUACGAGACAAGAAAACUACGGGCUAACAUCAAGCAUUGUCUGGAGUUAUCAGCCCUCAAACAGCUUAGAUGAUUCUUGAAGAUUUCUAUGGGAUUUUGUCUCUCUUGAUUGGCUUUUUGCAGGUAUAUAACAUGAAAGUGGGAAUUAAACAGGGAACAUUAUCUGUUAAAGUAAAGCAGCUUACUGUACCUUCACUGGACUGAUUUCAAUCAUACUCAACUGAGGCUUUUGCUCAAUUUGAUGUAAAAGCUACAUGCAAACUGUAUUCAAAGGGGCCUGCACUGAGGUGCACAUCUACAGACAACUUACAUGUAGGAGUUUGCAUGCUUGAUGUUUCCCAUGUGUAUUUGUGUCUUGCUGACAUUACUGUGAAAUAUUUUGGAUGUCCGGCAUACUGCUGUGGGGAGAGGUUUGUGGCUGAAGGACUACUGCACUGUUUCCACAGGCUUCUGCAGCUUAUUUAUAGAAAAUUUCUAAAUAUAGAGAAUUAUUGCUGUCCUCCAUAAAAUGCUCCACUAGAUUUUUAGCUCAUAAUAUGCUCAACUUGAAGUGCCUUGCUCUUUUUCUGGGUAUCUCUUCUGAAUGUUGAAGUAAUUAAUUUAAAUUUCCCCCUUUCCCUCUGUAAUAAAAAUUUCCUCUUCCUUGAAACUGACAGAGUGAUUAUGUAGGAGCUGCACCCAAAUCUAAACUCUGCUUCUUGACUGCCAGCCAGUGUAAAAGCUUUAAUAAAUGGAAAGUGAAUAAAUAGUA